UUCGCUUUUGAUUUCGUUCGGUCGGUAAGAACAGCAGCUGGACCGUGUGUCUUUUCUGUUUCUUUCCUUUCUGACUUUGCGGCAGGAAAAUAAACCACAACGAAAUACAGAAGAGGUCAUGGCAGACACCUACGAUAAUCGCCCGGCAAAUGGCACGACGAACAGUGCUCUGGAUGAGGAAGGCAGUCAAUUCGAGGAGGCCAUGAAAGAUCUAGAGUCAUGGAAGACUAAAGCAGAGAAAGCUGAUGAUGUGAAAGCCAGGCUAAUGUUGGAAAAACUGGAAGAAGAUGAUGCCAAGACAAAGGCCCAACAGGAGAUGUUGGCUUGUGUCGAAAAGCAAGAGGAGUGUCAGAAGGAAUUUACUCAAAGUGUUAAUGCAAUGCAGGAUAAAAUCCUGCAGCUUGGUAAACACAGACAUGAUUUGCUAGACAAACUGAGAAGAUAUCAAGCUGAACUGGAGGCUAAGAGGACAGAAUCCACCAAACUGAAACAGAAAUUCAAGAUUUCUGUUCAGAUUCCGGACACAGAGGUAAAGUUCAGGGGUCAGAAUGAAGAUGAGAGGGUGGACGACAGUCACAUAAUCAGCGGAGUGUUUGCCAUCAGCCAGAGACCCACUGUGCUUCUGCAGGGAGGACAGGCACUCAUCACAUUCGAAGAGGAGAGAGUGGCCUCUCAGAUCCUGAAGGUUGCCAAAUGCUCUGUUUCCUGUGACAACAUUAGUUUGGAAGUGAAACCAAGAAGAAUUACCAUGGAUUGUGCAGUUAAUUUUGAGGUCCACCUUCAUGUUUCCAGAAAAGAGCUCAAGGUUUCCGAAGUCCCGUGUUCCAUGCCAUAUGAGAGAAUGAGGGACCGACUUGAGAUGAGUUUCUCCAGGCCUAGCAGAGGAGGAGGAGAGGUGGAGAGAGUGGAGUAUGAUAAGAACACCGGGACAGGACAGAUCACCUUCCUGCACCCUGGAGUUGCUGAGAGCCUGGCCCUGAGAGGGAGGUAUUGUGUGGAUCUGAACUCUGAAGUGAAUGUGCAGGUUGGACCCAUUUACAAAUGUCAGCUGCGCAAGUUUCAGACCUUCUGUGGCUUUCCGAAGCGAACCAUCCUCCUGGAAGACAUUGAUGACAUAGAGGAUGAGGAGGACCUGCAGGACCACCUGGAGAUCCACUUCCAGAAGCCCAGCAACUAUGGCGGUGAGAUAGAGACCAUCAAGUACAUCUCUAGGGGAAAGGCUUUGCAGGCCUUUUUUCUCUGUGAGAACACAGUAAAGAUGGACGACUGACUUUAACCAACAGGGGCCAAACCUCCUACAGCUACAACAUGUAAGGAAGAGUUCCUUUACAACCACUGGGUCUACCCCCUAUGACAAAAAUAGAUAAUCAUAAUUGUAUUAUGUUUUUGAUUAUUUCAAAUAAUCUUGUAUGAGGGUAUGAAUUUGAUUAUGGUUUCAUAUCAUACGGUGAGGGGUCUUGCAGUGGUAAAUGGCAAAAGAAAGACCAUUGGCAAAACAUUUUAAGUUGUCUUGGCAUUAAUGAAACUCAUAAAAACUAAUCUCUGUUCAUCAAAACUACAUAUUUCACAAUCUUGCCCCUCCCUGACUAAUCUUCUCCAAAUUAUUAUUCCCUCUUGCUUCCUCCUUUCCUCCUCCUCUAUUCUCCUCACUGUCCCCUCCGCCUCAGUACUAUGGGGAGUCGAGCUCUCAGUUGCUCUGCUCCCCAGCUCUGGAAUGCACUUCCCCCCAACAUCCGCAAUAUUGACUCUCUACCCCUGUUCAAAUCCAGACUCAAAACUCAUCUGUUUCAGUUAGCGUAUUGUUUUCUCUCUGAGCUUUUAAUGUGUCUUGUUUUUACUAUUGUUUAUCUUUAUUUUUUAUAUAUAAAAUGCAUUAUUAUUAUUAUUAUUAUUUCUAAGUUAAUUGCUUAGAUGUUAUUCUACACCUUUGCCGUUGCAGAUCUAAAUAGUCCCCCACCUUUCCACCACAGCUCAAGCAUACCUAAUCACGAUAGACACAAACCGCUGCUUGUUUUCUGUUUUGGUACCUACUGUGUGCUACACAGUGGCCAGUGGUAAUAUAGAGUAAUUUAGGCAGUCAUGUUGGAACAGGAAACCAUGAUGUGAAACUUUCUGUCAGAAUUAUUAUAAGAAUAUAGUAGUCAUCUCAUUCAUUCAUAUCUGAAAAACUGUUGUGUAACAAUUGCUGUAACUUUCUUCGUCAACACCCCCAAGCCAUAUGAAAUGUCCUGUCAGUGUUUCACAUGAAUCAUCAUGUAUAACUUGGCAGGCUAACAUUGGUGAACAUUAUCUAGCACACUGCAGAUUUGUUGGACACCAGUCAAUGAAUAAAAGACAAGAAAAAUGAACUUACCAACAUUGUGGCUUGUACUCGCUGUGUCACCAGAAUAAAUGGAUGGAGCAGCAUUGUGCUUCAAUAUAUAUAUCUGUGGCAAAAUCUGUUUUCUGUAGAAUUUUCAGUAAAUUGCUCUGGAAAAUGGCUACUGCACACCUGUGAUUUCUUUGUAAGUUCACAAAUCUGUUACUAACAUUGCACGUAUGGAUUGUAUUUCAUUGUCUAACCUUAAACAACAUGGCCCCACCUUGUACCUCCACUGUCUUUUUAUGCAGGGGUGUUUUCAGUCAGAAUACCUACUAAAAGUUUUCUAGGCCCUUAAUCUACACAGUUAAAAUUUGUGCUUGAACUGUCAAGCUGUUUUUCUCUUGUACAUUUUGCUUAUUAAAAGAUCAGAAUGGUGAAUCAA